CACAACACUUGCAGUAUCCAGCAAACAAACCAAGCUAAACAAUCACCCACUUCUAUAGUUAGUUAAGGUAGCAACACUUAAUUAUUUGCAAUUAAUCUAAUUGCAUAUAUAGGAUGGCUUACACUAAUCUCUCCAAGAAACUAGCCGUAGCCUUGGUAGCACUGGCCGUCGCCUGUGCCCACGCACUCGCGGCGCGCGACCUUGUCGACGCGGCCGCCAUGGCGCAGCGGCACGAGCGGUGGAUGGCCAAGCACGGCCGCGCCUACGCCGACGACGCCGAGAAGGCGCGGCGGCUGGAGGUGUUCAGGGACAACGUGGCGUUCAUCGAGUCGGUGAACGCCGCCGCGAGCCAGCACAAGUUCUGGCUGGAGGAGAACCAGUUCGCCGACCUCACCAACGCCGAGUUCAGGGCCACGCGGACGGGGCUCAGGCCGUCGUCGUCGCGCGGCAACCGCGCCCCGACGUCGUUCCGGUACGCCAACGUCAGCACCGGCGAUCUCCCGGCGAGCGUCGACUGGCGCGGCAAGGGCGCCGUCAACCCCGUCAAGGACCAAGGCGAUUGCGGGUGUUGCUGGGCGUUCUCGGCGGUGGCGGCCAUGGAGGGAGCCGUGAAGCUGGCCACGGGGAAGCUGGUGUCGCUGUCGGAGCAGCAGCUGGUGUCGUGCGACGUCAAGGGCGAGGACCAGGGCUGCGAGGGCGGGCUCAUGGACGACGCGUUCGACUUCAUCAUCAAGAACGGCGGCCUCGCCGCGGAGUCCGACUACCCGUACACGGCGAGCGACGACAAGUGCGCCACCGCCGGCGCCGGCGCCGCCGCCGCGACCAUCAAGGGGUACGAGGACGUGCCGGCGAACGACGAGGCGGCGCUGCUCAAGGCCGUGGCGAACCAGCCGGUGUCGGUGGCCAUCGACGGCGGCGACCGGCACUUCCAGUUCUACAAGGGCGGCGUCCUCUCCGGCGCCGCCGGCUGCGCCACCGAGCUGGACCACGCGAUCACGGCGGUCGGGUACGGCGUGGCGAGCGACGGGACCAAGUACUGGCUGAUGAAGAACUCGUGGGGCACGUCGUGGGGGGAGGACGGCUACGUCAGGAUGGAGAGGGGCGUCGCCGACAAGGAGGGCGUCUGUGGCCUCGCCAUGAUGGCCUCCUACCCGACGGCGUGACAACCAUCACUCUGAAAUCUGAACGAGUGAAUGGCAUGCAGCUAGCAGGUUUUAAAUAAGCAGUAUGGUAUUAUGGAUGGUGCUCUGUUUCUGAAUUCGGAUAGUACAAAACAGAACUGGAAUGUAAUGACAACUUGUGCAAGAUCAAAAUUUCUUGUCUUCACAACUGGAAUCUAUCUAUUAUCUAUCUAUCUAUCUA